GGUCCUCUUCACAGGGUUAUGAGGAAACCAGGGGUCUAGAAAGUACCAAACCCCCUCUGGCUUAAAAGGUCUGAGCAGAUAGUUCAGAAGGACAGUCUGAUGUUUGCGUGCACAUGUCUUUGUUUGUUGGUGGUUUAUCUUGCUGAGAAGGCGAGAGUUUAGAGUAGCUGGUGCUUAAAUAAUUAUCGGAGUAACAUGCUUUUUCAAAUAAAUGAGAGAUAAGAACUUUGUUAAAUUUGAUCCAGUCAGCCACAAUGUUUCCUUGCCACAUGAAUAUUCAGAAAAGACAGGUGCACUUUAUGUCAGAAAGUAUGUAAUGUAAUGGUACUCUUUUGGGAUAAAUUCUUUAUCUGAGUAAUGGAUAAACCAAGUACUAUGGAAUCAAAUGCUCUACUGGAGUUUGUAGCAUAACCUUUAAAUAUCAGAAAUGUUAAAAAUAUUCUAGCAGGGUUGAAUUUUCCUAGUUUGUUGAAUGUAUUUCUGUUCUUGUCUUAGUACGUUUUGUUCAAAUGACCUGGCACCUGAAUUUUUUUGUACCAGGGUGGGUUAGCUGGGUUUCAGUUCUUUAAUGAUGAUGAUUUUAACAGUUAUGUACACAGCCUAGAUGAAGAUACUUCUUUGUAGUGAGUGGAAUGAGAACUGUAGUAUUGUACCCAGAAGCUUUAUUUCAAGGUGACCCGUGAUGUGAUUUCCAGUUGUAAUGAUUUCCAGUGCAAGAGAGACGUGAGAAGUUGGGAUUGAAAGUUGCUCUAAGUCAAUCUGCUUGGCUUGUUUGUUUUGCAUUCUUUCUUCAAUUAUUUAUUCUUCAGGUAUUAAGUAUUAAAAGAGGCACUUGUUUUUAGGAAGUGCUAUGGAUGACAUGAAAAAAGUUGGUAACAGCUCAUGUGAUGAUGGAUUUCUACUUAGAAUGGGACUCAAUGAUAACAAAGCUGGAAUGCAAGGGUUGGAUAAAGAGAAAAUCAAUAAAAUCAUCAUGGAAGCUACCAAGGGUUCUAGAUUUUAUGAAAAUGAGCUUAAAAAAGACCAACAGGUUAAUCAACGCAUUGAAAAAAUGAUGCGGCUUAGAGAGAAAAUUACAGCACAACAGCUCUUGAAAGCACAGCUGCAGGUGGACAAACUUGUGAUAGAACUGGAACAGAGCCGUAACCUUAGCAAUACAAUUGUACACAUUGACAUGGAUGCCUUUUAUGCAGCUGUGGAAAUGAGAGACAAUCCAGAGCUGAAGGAAAAGCCUAUAGCAGUGGGAUCGAUGAGUAUGUUGUCUACCUCAAAUUACCAUGCUAGAAGAUUUGGUGUACGUGCAGCCAUGCCUGGAUUUAUUGCUAAAAAGCUAUGUCCGCAUCUAACUAUAGUACCCUUAAACUUUGAAAAAUACGGCCAAGUAAGUAAAGAGGUUAGAGAAAUACUGGUUGAAUAUGAUCCAAAUUUUAUGCCUGUGGGCCUAGAUGAAGCCUACCUGAAUAUAACGGAGCACCUGGAGGAAAGACUGAACUGGCCAGAAGAUAGGAGAAGAUUCUUUUUUAACACAGAAAGCACUACAGAAAAAGACAAAGAUGAUAUAUCUGCUAAAUCAAGUGAAGAUGGAUACUCUCCUUCACCAGUACUGUUUGAAGACAGCACACCUCUUACGGAUGACCAUUCUGAACAAAGAGAUAAAUCAGUGGAAAAUUCGGUUGUCUUUGGAACUUCCGCAGAGGAAGUUGUGAAGGAAAUUCGCUUUAAGAUUGAGCAGAAAACUCAACUGACUGCUAGUGCAGGAAUAGCGCCAAAUACAAUGUUAGCAAAAAUGUGCAGUGAUCGUAAUAAACCUAAUGGGCAAUGCAGAAUUGCUCCUGACAGACAAGCAGUGCUAGACUUCCUAAAAGAUUUGCCCAUUCGAAAGGUGCCAGGAAUAGGAAAAGUAACGGAGAAGAUGUUAAAAGCCCUUGGAAUUGUGACUUGUUCAGAACUUCACCAGCAGAGGGCACUGCUUUCUCUUCUUUUUUCAGAAUCAUCUUGGCGUAAUUUCUUGGAUAUUUCCCUUGGUUUGGGUUCAACACAUUUGGAAAAGGAUGGAGAAAGAAAAAGUAUGAGCACUGAGAGAACAUUCAGUGAAAUAAAUGCAGCAGAAGACCAGUACAGCUUGUGUCGAGAGCUCUGCAGAGACCUUGCUCAGGAGCUACAGAAAGAGGGCCAUAAGGGCAAAACUGUUACCUUAAAGCUAAAGAAUGUGAACUUUGAAGUAAAAACCAGGGCUUCAACUGUGCUGUCUUCUGUUUCAACUGAAGAGGAAAUAUUUGCUGUUGCUAAAGACUUGUUAGGAGCAGAAAUUGAUAGUGUUGCUCCUCACCCUUUACGGAUAAGACUAAUGGGUGUACGAGUGUCAGGAUUUCUAAGUGAAGAAGAAAAGAAGUACCAACAAAAAAGCAUUACGAGUUUCUUAAAAUCGGGAAAAGAAAUUGGUUUUCUCAGGCUUCAGCCAGGGAAGUCCAACCAAGAAUAUUUCACAAAAAAUUCAGAAGCAUCUACUAGAGGGAGUUUUUUUGAUAAAAAGCGAGCUGCAAGGCAACUAAACAGUGAGAAUCUUUCUUCAAAUGAAACUGUAGGAAAGCAACUCUCUCAUGAUAGGAAAUCUUCAGCAAAUUAUGUGGAAGAAACAAAGAAAGUCACAAACUUACAGACUUCUGAUGUGUGCAAGAUCUUCACCUGCCCUGUUUGCUUUGAAGACCAGAACAGUAAUAAUUUGGAAGAGCUUAAUAGGCAUAUUGAUGAGUGCCUCAAUGGAACUCUUGUUAAAGGUACUGUGGAAAUACUCAAGAAUAAUAAUGCAAGAGAAAAUACACUUAACUUUCUUUCACAAUUUAAAAAAGAAAAUAUUGAUGAAUGUCAAAAAAAUAAAGCAGAUCAGUUAGCAGGAACAGACCAGUCUGCAAGUACCUCUGACAACAGUACUAGCAGCAACAAAGAAAAAUUCACUCAGAUAACAUCUGAUAAACCUCACAGAGAAAGACAGCCUAGCAGUCUCAGUGACACUGCUAGAAAUGUGUGUAUGAAGCAGUGUUUCUUCCCAAAAAGAAUUUCACAAGAUAAUGAACACCAUUUUGAAAAGACUGAACACACAGAAGAAAGUAGUUCAUGCUCUAUCUUUGAAGCCAAAGAAGACAGUGUUUUUGUUUGUCCAGUUUGUAAUUCAGAACAGAAGACCACCAGUCUUGUGUCAUUUAAUAGACAUGUGGAUAUCUGCUUAAAUAAAGGCCUUAUCCAGGAGCUGACAGAAAAAGAAGAUUUUCCUACUAAGACAUACAAUAUGGAAAACUCAAACAGAGUUGGAGGUUUAAGCAAAGGACAACAAUGCACAAAUACAUCACAAGGAACAAAAAGGUCUGGAUUAGCAGCUUCACAGACAGUAUCAAAAAGGGCCAAGUCAACAAAUUCCAAGCAUACACUUGAAAUGUUUUUUAAAUGACUGUGUAGCAAAAUAUUCUGUGUAGCAACAUAUUCUGUAUGAAGUAUUUUGUAGUGGUAUAUGACUACAAAUUUAUUUAGCACUGGUGGUAGUCUGGAUUCAGGUGCCAGUCACUUUGGGCCCAUUGCAUGCCUGUGUAAAAAGAAUAUGGUGUUUGCAGUAGAAGAAGAGGUACAACUGAGGUAAUUCUUUCUUGAGAAUUAUACUUUUUUUCCCAGUUGUUUCUGAGAAUCAAAAUUGGCUAGCACUUUGGCUUUGUUUUUAUUGAAGACAUGAAGUUCGUUAGAGUCACAAGCAGCCUCCGGCAUUCCCUCUGCUGUUUAAUGAAGAAAACAGAGAGACUGGAGCUGACACUGAGCAAGCCUGUAGGACAAACUUCCCUAGAAAACAGGAAUUGUUUGCUAGCGUACCAUGCUGUGCUUACUAAAGGCCCAGUGCCCACACUAGACUUGCUGUCUUCUUUGCAUUGGUUAUAUUGGUAGCCCUGGUAGCACAGGCUCACACUUCCUUGGACAAUUCAACAUCAAAUGUAAUUGUGAUACCAAAGAAUAGCUGAGCUGCGUAAUUUCAGGUUACCAAUGUCUGUCUUCUCAGUAGACACAAUGAUUGAUCUUGCAAUUUCAAAGGAAAACACAGUCAAGUUUUCCUUGUUGUCACUGAAAACUACUUCAGUUGGAAUUGGUGGACUCAUGAGAUACAGGAUAACAUCACUGAUUUAAAAAAUGUUAAUAAACCUGUUGAGAGAAGGAUUCCCCCAGGUUAGUCAAACAAAGGCUGUUUGAUCCUUGGCCUUUCCAAAGAGACUGAAAACUUCAAUCUUCUUAACAAUUCUGAAAUUAUUACUAGUCAGCAGCACUGAAUGUAUUCUACAGAAGAGGUUUCGUGGUGCAAUAAUAAUAUGAAUUAUGUGGAAAUAUGGAUGAUUAUAAACCUUUUUACUGUUUACAUAUUUUUCUCUUCUGAAAUAUUUUGUAUUUCUGAAUAAAUAAUCUUUUAUGAGUGCAUAUGAGGAAGGAGGAAAUUGUAAAGUGCAAAUAUUUAAAAUACUCUAUAUAGAUUUUUUCUGUGCACACCAAAUGGGUUAAAUGUAGACAUUUUAUUAUAAUUAAAUAUUUAUCUGGUAAAUAAUUUAUUAUGGCAGCAUAUUUCUUAUGCAAAGAAUGUUAUUCAAACAAUGGCAAACCAUAUGUGAAAUAUAAACUGCUUUUUAAUUGAAAAAUCUUUAAAAUAAGUGGUCACUAUAGACACAUCUGUUUUGUUGUUUAAUAAUAUUGGAAGUACUUUGGGGUUUGCUUGUUUUUUAAUGAAACAAAUAUGUAAUGGGUAUGUUUUAGACUCCCAGGCUAAGUCCAGAACAUUCUCUUGUUUCCAAACUUGCUGGAAUUAUUUCACCAUCUCUACCUGCUCAUCUGUUUGCUUGCCAGAUGCCACAGUACUUACAGCUCGGCCAUGUGCAUUAGUUGCAGUGCUCCCUUAUUUGCUUUGGACCAAACCAGCUCCAAAUCAGCUGGACUAGUUCAGACUAUGUAAACUGAUUCUGUUGACUUUUUCUAAACCAGAUCAGUGAACAUUCAAUAUGAGCCAUUCUGUUGACAGAGGUGGGAGCUGGAAACAUUCAGUAGGAAAAACAUAAAAGCAACUGUGGGAACAGUGACUUAAGCCACCAUUUAGAAAGUAAACACCUGUCCCUCUAUUGGUUUGUACCUGUCUGAUGCAAUAAAGUGUGGAAACUGAGUA